GCCAGGCGUCCGAGGCCCCGGCCCCCGCCCCCGCCCAGGAGCCGCGAGAUCCGGUUCCGUCCUUCCCCCGGGAGCCCCAGCCGGAGCCGGGCGAGGGAGCCAGGAGCUGCCCCCGCCAGCGGCGCUCAGGCCGGGGGAGGCACAGCUGGGCGCCCUCGAGAGCGGCCCGGCAGGGACGCGGCAUUCCUGGAUUCCGCUCGGAGGGGCCAGGAGGUGGCCCGGGGCGCGGCAGGGAGCCCCCGCGACCCGCAGACCUGGGGAGGCGGCCACCUGGAGCCCCAGCGAGGCGGGGUCCCGCAGAUCCCAAUGGACAGAGCCCCGCGCAAAAGUCGGAGAGUCCGAGGCGGGAGCGGGGCUGCGGGAGGGAGACGCGGCACGCGGGGAGCAACUCCACACUGCGCUCCAGAAGCCCUACCCAGGGACCCCCAAUCCCAGAGGACCCCGUCCCAGUUUCCUCCUGCGCCCGGCCUGGCCCUUCCCCCUGGGGGGACUCGUGGGGGAUGCUAGCUUGCCUGUGCACCGUGCUCUGGCACCUCCCUGCUGUGCCAGCCCUCAAUCGCACAGGGGACCCGGGGCCUGGCCCCUCCAUCCAGAAAACCUAUGACCUCACCCGCUACCUGGAGCACCAACUCCGCAGCUUGGCUGGGACCUACCUGAACUACCUGGGCCCCCCUUUCAACGAGCCUGACUUCAACCCACCUCGGCUGGGGGCAGAGACUCUGCCCAGGGCCACUGUCAACUUGGAAGUAUGGCGAAGCCUCAAUGACAAACUGCGGCUGACCCAGAACUACGAGGCCUACAGCCACCUUCUGUGCCACUUGCGUGGCCUUAACCGGCAGGCGGCAGCGGCCGAGCUGCGUCGCAGCCUGGCCCACUUCUGCACCAGCGUCCAGGGCCUGCUGGGCAGCAUUGCGGGUGUCAUGGCGGCUCUGGGCUACCCACUGCCCCAGCCUCUGCCCGGGACUGAGCCCACCUGGGCCCCUGGCCCCGCCCACAGCGACUUCCUCCAGAAGAUGGACGACUUCUGGCUGCUGAAGGAGCUGCAGACCUGGCUGUGGCGCUCAGCCAAGGACUUCAACCGGCUCAAGAAGAAGAUACAGCCUCCAGCAGCUGCAGUCACCCUGCACCUGGAGGCCCAUGGCUUCUGAUCUCUGACCUUUACCACCUCCUCUUUCCCUUCUCCCUCCAACCCUGCUCCCACUCUGGGAGGAGAAAUCUGUAUGCCAACACUUGUUGAGCCAGGAGACAGAAGCGGUGAGCCUCUGGCCCUUCCCGGACUUGGAGGAGGGCGUGAUGCAAUAAGGCCCAUCUCCUCCCCACGCCCCAAAGUUCUGCAGGUCUGGGGAAGAGGUGCAAUAGGCCGCGUCCCAUUUCCACAGGAAGUAAUGCUCAAGGGAGCCCGAAGUGGGUCGAGUCGGUGCACAGGCUCUCUCUCCUGCUUCCUGCCCAUCACCUGCCAGUGCCCAACCAGCCCCUCAAGUGGCACUUCCAGGAAGCAUGCCUGUAGGGCAGGAAGGGGGCCACCACAGCACCUGCCUUUCUGGGGUGAAGCCCUUUGACUGCCCCACUCUCCUUAGAUGGGUGUUGCUCCCCUACCCCCAUUAACUCCAUACAUCCAAUUCAGGAAACAAACGCAGUGGCAAGUCCAAACAGGAAGAGAUAGGAUUAAAAAUGGAAGAGGUGGGGUCUGCAUUGGAGGUAAUACUGAAAGCAGAGGGGCAGGGACAGAUCAGACCCAGGGGUCACCAAGGCAACUGUGGCACAGGGUAGCAACCAAAGGAUUGUGCCUCGAAUUUUCUUGCCAGCAUCAUGGUGCCCUUCUCCGCCCCCUUUUCCAGGGUAUCUGUGGGUUGCCCAGCCUGGGGAGGGCAACCAUAGCCACAGCCACAGGAUUUCCUGAAAGUUUACAUUGCAGUAGCAUUUCGGGGUGUCGGGGGGCAGCUCCCCCAGGCCCUGCCCUCCAGCCCCAACCACUCAUGACUGUUUGUUGUAUUAAUAUUUAUUUAUUUGGAGAUGUUAUUUAUUAGAUUAUAUUUAUUGCAGAAUUUCUAUUCUUGUAUUAACAAAUAAAAUGCUUGCCCCAGAAGCUUCUCUUCGCUUGGCCUUGCCCCUCCUCCUGGCUCUUAUGACUCAUUCUCCUGGCCCUUCCCCUCCCCUGGGAGAGCCUGGAAGCCCCAGAAUUACCUCAGGAGAUGCAAAGAGCUUGGGGAAGAGGUUCUCCCCGUUCUGUCCACCGGGGAAGAUGUGUACAUAGCGGACUUCACUCCAGUUCCCGCCUUCAACGCCGUGCUGCUCGGUAAUCCUCCCAAAUGCCUCCGCUGUCGCCUGUCUUCCUUCUCCCAGCCUCUGCUCAGUCUACCUCGCCUCUCUGGAUUACUUUCAUGGUCUCAGGGCUGUGUCUCUGCAAAGCAGUUUUACCUGCCCCUCUGGUGCCCUCCAGUGGUUAGCGCAGGCAUUCAGUCCUCAGUUUCCCCAGAACCUGUACCUGUGGCUGCCUACAGCCCCCUCCUGCCCAGCAGUGACCCUCACCUUCGCA